AUGGCUUUGGUUCAUGAUUUGGCAGAGUCGGUCAUAGGGGAUAUUCCGACGUUCGCGGGUGUUGCAAAAGAACGGAAAUACGACAUGGAACGCAAUGGCUUCCAAUAUCUAGAAAACUUGCUCCAAACAUACAGUCCGAAAAGAGCAACAGAAAUCAGCGCGCUGUGGCUAGAAUAUGAACAAGGCGAAACACCGGAAGCAAAAUGGGUUAAGGAGAUGGAUAAGUUCGAGUGCUUAGUCCAGGCACAUGAAUAUGAACAAAAAACCUUUGGUAAAAAGGACCUCGACGAGUUUCAGGGGCUUUUGGCGAAGAUCCAUUCAAACGAAGCAGCCCGGUGGGCGGAAUCUUUGUGCCGGGAAAGGGAAGAUCACCUCGCCAAACGAAAAAAGCGACUACCCAUCAUUUUCAUUACCGGGAAUCCACUUCGCGAAACGGCGCAGGAUCUCGAAUAUCGCCACCACGGAAUCAUCAAGAAUUGCCUCGAUAAGCGCUUUGAAGUUCCAGCUAGUCUGGUUGUUGAAGUACUCGAGAAUGAGAUCAAAGCCAUAGGUGGACGGCCUUGGACAAUUGUCUCCGGAUUUCCGAACGACACAGAGCAGCUGGCAGAGUUCGAGAAAAAGGUAGUUUAUGCGAAAGGCUCCGCAGGGUGA